UCACAUCUCCUCCAAUCAGCGGCGCGGCUCAGUAAAGGUUGGGUUCGAUCGCAGGAGAGGAGCUGCUGCUGUCACUUCCAAAAGUCGUCCGUCCAGCACCAUGGGAAAAAAGAGUCGAGUGAAGACUCAGAAGUCUGGCCUUGGGGCCAGCACCGUGGUUUCACCCAAGGAGAUGAUGAACCUGAUCUCUGAGCUGCUGCAGAAGUGCAGCAGUGCAACGCCCUCUGCUGGUAAAGAGUGGGAGGAGUACAUCCAGAUUAGAGUUUUGGUGGAGAAGAUCAGAAAGAAACAGAAAGGUUUGUCCACCAUGUUUGAUGGCAGCAGGGAGGACUACUUCUCAGAUCUGAUGUCCUGGGCGCAGGAGAACGGGGCGUCCUAUGACGGCUUCACCGUGGCGAGCUUCGACUCGGAGGGCUACGGCCURCGGGCCACCAGGGACAUCAAGGCUGAGGAGCUGUUCCUGUGGGUUCCCAGGAAGAUGUUGAUGACGGUGGAAUCGGCCCAAAACUCUCUGCUGGGUCCUCUGUARAGUCAGGACCGGAUCAUGCAGGCCAUGGGAAACGUGACUCUGGCCCUGCACCUGCUGUGCGAACGGGCCAACCCAGCUUCAUUCUGGCUGCCGUACAUCCACAGUCUUCCUCAGGAGUACGACACGCCGCUGUACUACCAGCAGGACGACGUUCAGCUGCUGCUGGGCACCCAGGCAGUGCAGGACGUCCUGAGCCAGUACAAGAACACGGCCCGCCAGUACGCGUACUUCUACAAACUGGUGCAGAUUUACAUCUUUUACGGUACAAGAUCCAACGCUGAGUUUGUCAUCCACAACGGCUUCUUCUUCCAAGACAACAUCCACGACCGAGUGAAGAUCAAGCUGGGUGUCAGUAAGAGCGAACGUCUGUACGCCAUGAAGGCUGAGGUUCUGGGUCGAGCCGGCAUCCCAGCGUCCUGUGUUUUUACUCUGCACUGUAAUGAAUCUCCAAUUUCAGCCCAGAUGCUGGCCUUCCUGAGAGUCUUCUGCAUGACGGAGGAGGAACUCAAGGACUAUCUCCUGGUCGAUCGUGCCAUCAACAAGAUCUUCACUCUGGGUAACAGUGAGUUUCCUGUCAGUUGGGAAAAUGAGAUAAAGUUGUGGACUUUCCUUGAGAAUCGAGCCACUCUGCUGCUCAACACCUACAAGACCACAUCAGAGGAGGAUCGGUCUUUGUUGGAGAAACCGGAUCUGUCUCUCCACUCCCGCCUGGCCAUCCAGCUCCGCCUGGCAGAGAAGCAGAUCCUGGAGAAGACAUCAGCCAUCGGUCGGGCCAAGCGUCUGCUCUUCCAGGAGAAGCUGGAGGAAGGAGCCGCGUUGCCUCGGUUCGAGGAAAGCGACAUCGCUCURCUGGAAAACAACGACUCGGACGCAAAGCUUCCCAUCAUCUUACGGAAGCUGGAGGAGGUGGAGGAAGGUCAGGGGGUCCAGGUGGGGGAGCAUCUCCUCCUGAACGGGGAGAAGUUGACCUGUGAGACGGGCACGGAGACGAACGGAGACACGGAGACGGAGGAGACUCGGAAAAGAGAUGUUUGUUCAUCUGGAGGUCCAGAGCAGAAAGACCAAACGGAAACGGCUGACCUAAGUGCCAAUCGAACUGAAGAGCAUCCCAAAGAAAGCARUGAAUAAAUCUCUUCUGCCACAGCUCGCGCUAUUUAUUUAUUUUUGUGUCUCUUAAAUGACUCAGAAAUAUAGAAGCUGAAAAAAAAGAACUGUAUGUUUAUCCAGCGUGGCUUUCUUUAGAUGUCUGCUGCUGAACGCUUUGAUUAAAAUUAGCUUUGGGUUAAAUUGUAAAGAUAGAUAAACGAGGCUGGGUGAGGUUUCAGCAGAGAGUUCUCUAAAGACAGAAAGAAAAAGUUACUACRUGUUUUGUUUUACAAAGCUCAAACCUCCUUUGUUUUGUGACUCGGUUGGUUUACGGCAGCGCUUUGUCUCCACAUGGUUUGUUUUUGAGUUGACAAUCAUAUUUUCUGGCUCCUUGUGGAUUGUGCUGCUGUGCAACAAUCAUCACUGCCCUCCCUUAAAACAUUUCAGAAGCACGGCCCUUUUUGUUUGAGUUGAUGCCGGCGGUUCAGGGAGACAGACUGAGAUGAAAGAUGUAUUUUUGCUUAAUUAUAGUUUAAAGAUGUUUCUGUGAAUGUAUCUUGUGUGUAAAGCUUCAGUGAUUACCUUAAAGCAGGAAGGAUCACUGGUGAUAAAGCCAUAUUCAGCACUGAGCACUCAGUGAUAGAAGAAUGUUGUGCCAUUUUUAUUUGAAUUUUUUUCCUAGUUGGAAGCUCCUUUUUUUUCUUGAAUUAUUGUCAAYGUGAUACUUGGAAAAAAUAAGAAAACUGCUGUUUUUCUCUGCCUGGGCGGUGUUAAUUCUUGGACUGGCCCCAGCAAAUUUCUCUGACUGAAAACACGACAGGUGGUCCAAUCUGGAGAAAAUUAAACAGUUUUAGCUCGAAAUGUUCAAAAAUCGACAGUUUGAACUGAAUAAGGGUUUUAUCAGGACUGUUAGAAUGUGGUGCGUUGAUGUUUUCCAUUAAAAAAAUCUGACUUUAUAAAACA